AUGGCUGGAAUCAAGAUGCCUAGUCUUGGACCUUUCAAAAGACCCCUACGCUUCGUACGGCGACAGCUACCACCUCUGAAUUUCAUAACAAUACACUACAUCUAUUUCUUCGCAACAUGUCUACUUUUUGCCAUAAUAUUCUGGGGCAGCAAUACCGACUACAAGGUCUCCUUUACAGACAGCCUGUUCUUGUGCGUGUCAGCCAUGACAGAGGCCGGUCUCAAUACCGUCAACCUCAGCGAGCUGAAUUCUUUCCAGCAGAUCAUACUCUUCUUCUUGAUCAUGCUGGGUAGCGCCAUCUGGGUCUCGGGCUGGGUUGUCUUGGUCAGGAAGGCUACGUUUGAAAGGAAGUUCAAAGAUAUCAUAGAGGAGCGCAAGAGACGGCGUGGUCGCAGCAGGAGUCGCUCACGAAUCAGGACGUGGACGCGAGGAAGAAGGUCCGGGGACUUGCAGCGAAGUGAGACUUCCGAGACUCAAGAGAAGAGAGAGGACACCGAUCAGGAGGGCUCCGCCGAACAUAGCAAGGAGGAAAGUACCGAGAAAGUAGAGCCGUAUAGCUCUUUGGAUGGAACGCACGACCGGGACGGAGCGCACGAUUAUAGUGCAGAACGGGAUCUAACACCUCCGGGUCGACGUGGUGGUCCUGAAAUGGACGAUGAACUCCCGAGUCCGGAUAUACUGCCAGAAGACCCAUCAGCAACUUCACCGCAUCGAGGAAUAACAUUCGCCGGUGACACGCGUUUCAGUGCGCAAACACCCGGCCAACAGCCUCUUCCUGUAAAGCGGCGACGGAACAGCAAUUUAUUCAACAUGCAAGGGGUUGGAGCACGACCAUCUUCCAGCCUCGGACCGCAGUCGCCUCUUCGAGCUUCCCUUUCUCAGGAGCGACCAGAACUUCAGCCCUUCCCUACAGGACGUCAUUACAAAGACUUCAGCGGCUGGCUGGCGCGCAAUAGCCAGUUCCAUGGUCUCAGUGAGAAAGAACGCGAGAAGCUUGGUGGCUACGAGUAUCGUGCUGUAUCGCUUCUAGCUUGGCUGGUACCAGCAUACUUCGUCCUGUGGCAAUUGCUCGGCUCGGUCGCAUGCGCAGCAUGGGUCGCAAACUACCGAGCAGAUACUGCGCGCUCGAACGGUCUGAACCCUUGGUGGGUGGGUGCCUUCAAUGCCGUCUCAGCUUUCAAUAACUCUGGCAUGAGUCCUCUGGAUGCGAACAUGACAGCUUUCCAGGAUGCAUACUACCUCCUCAUCACCAUGAGUCUCCUGAUAUUAGCAGGUAACACUUGCUUCCCAGUCUUUUUGCGCCUCAUCGUCUGGUGCAUGUGGAGGAUGGUCGAAACAAAGUAUUUCGUUGGUGCUGAGUGGGAGGAGCGAGCCAAGACACUGCGUUUCUUGCUGGAUCACCCGAGACGCUGCUAUACCAAUCUCUUUCCUAGCCAGCAUACCUGGUGGCUGCUAAUGUCUGUGGUUGUGUUGAAUGGCACAGAUUGGGCUGCUUUCGAGAUCCUGAACAUCCGCAACUCAGCACUCAACAGCACACUGCCGACCAACAUGCGGGUCAUUGACGGCUUAUUCCAAGCGUUCGCCGUGCGAAGUGGCGGCUUUUAUGUGGUUGCUCUACCCAGCCUGCGGAUCAGUCUACAAUUCCUCUACGUCGUUAUGAUGUAUAUCUCCGCCUACCCAGUCCUGAUCACGAUCCGCAACAGUAACGUCUACGAGGAGCGUUCGCUGGGUAUAUAUGCUGAAGACCAGUAUGAAGAGCAAGAGAAGAAAGAGAACGAUGCGGACGCCAAAUCUUCACGUUCUGCUCGUCCCGGCUUCCUCCGCAGAGCGCUUACACUCCAUGAUGCGAUCAUCACUGGACGAAGUAAUAGACCAGCCGAAACGAACUCCCAUUUCGUCCGCCAACAGCUCCGCGCUCAGCUCGCCCAUGAUGCGUGGUGGAUUGUGCUGGCUCUCUUCUUGAUCUUGAUCAUCGAGAACCCUGACUUCGUCGCACAACCAGCGGUCUUCAGCGUCUUCAACUUCAUCUUCGAGAUCGUUUCUGCAUACGGAUGUGUCGGUAUUAGCGUUGGUGUUCCAUGGGCCGCGUAUAGCUUUUGUGGAAGUUGGAGCACCCUCAGCAAGCUGAUCUUGUGCGCGGUCAUGCUGAGAGGACGACAUCGUGGACUGCCUGUUGCUAUCGAUAAGGCGGUUCUGUUGCCUGGGGAGGAGAAUUGGAUGGCCGAAGAGGAGGAUGGCCGGAUUAGGUUGGCUAGGACCAUGAGUCGUGGUCGGCAGGAGGUGGCGUAA